GUUUUUUUUUUGUUUUUUUUGGAGUAACCAGACGAGGGAAAUGACGUCAGCGUCAACGAAGGUGGGAGAGAUCUUCUCCGCGGCCGGCGCUGCCUUCACCAAGCUGGGGGAGCUGACGAUGCAGCUCCACCCCGUGGCCGACUCCAGUCCUGCAGGGGCCAAGUGGACGGAGACUGAGAUCGACAUGCUGCGCUCGGCGGUGUGUCGCUUCGGGGAGGAUCUAAAUCAAAUCAGCUCCGUUAUCAAAGACCGCACUGUCGCUCAGAUCAAGACCACAGUGAAACGGAAGCUCUAUGAAGACAGUGGGGUCCCCCUCCCCUCGGAGUCCCCCAAGAAAUCCCAGAAGAAAGCCCCCGUUGCCGUGGUGACGGCCCCCUCGGUCAUUGCCGUGCCGACUGCCCAGGUCGUGGUGAGCCGGGGGCUGCCGGACCCCUCCCCCGCCAUCAAAAAACAGAAAACUGCAGCGGAUGUGACUCUCAGCGCUCUCAAUGACUCGGAUGUGAACAGCGACCUCGUUGAUAUUGAGGGGCUGGGAGAGGGGUCGGCCACCAAGAAGCUCAACUUCGACCAGGACAGUUUGAAUCUGGAUUCCAGUCUGAUCAUGAACUCCAGUGACCUGCCUCUGCUGUCUCGCUGAAGGACGGACGGAUGCCACCUCGCAUCUCCGUUCCAGAGCCCGUUACCGUGGACACAAGGGCUGGGCGUGGAAACGGAUUUCUCGAGGUGCCUGGGAGGGAGGGAGUGAAUCUGGCGCUCCUUGUAUUUGAGUGUGAAAGACUUUCCAGUCACGGCUUGGGGUGUUUUUUUUACCAGCAUACGCUCUGAGUGUUACACUUUUAAUUAUUAAACAGAAUUUCAACAGCCAAUCAGGAUAUUUAUAUGGAAAAAAAAAAAAAAAAUACAGCAUCUAAUAAAGUUGCGUGUUUUUAUGUUAUUUUUUAAAAAUCUUUUCUUGAAGUAGCCGUGGAUACAAACCUGACUUGUUUUUGUUUUCUUUUUCUCAUCUGAAUGAACAUUUUGCACCCUGGAAAGAUUAGAAUUUAACUUUUUUUUUUUUUUUUUUUUUU